AUGGCGGAUUCCAUGCUCAACUAUGGCCAUCCAGCAGAAGUUCCCAUGUUCAGAAUUAACCAGGAAUGUCUAGCAAUAUUAGUGCAAGCGAACGACAGUGACUCUCUUCAGCCAUUUGGGGGGAUGCCAGGAUUAAUGGAAGCAUUAGAAACUAAUGCAGAAACAGGAAUAAGCGGCAACGCCGGAGAUCUUUGCCGCCGCCACAAAGCAUUUGGCCCCAACUUAUACUUGGAGGAGCAACCGUUUCCAACGGUGGCAGAUGGCUUCUGUCGGCUAGCUUUGCUAGGUUUUAAAGACACUACAAUAAUCCUCCUUCUGUGUUGUGCAGUACUGUCUGCCGUAAUUGGAAUCAAGAGAAACGGGCCCUUUGAAGGGCUUAGGGAUGGAGUAAUAAUACUAUCAGCCAUCUUGUUUUUCGUCUAUUUUGGUCUUAUCUGCAGAUAUAUCAAGUCCAGAAUCAGACGAAGAAGAUUGUCAAAGAAUAAAAAACUUUCUUGGGUGGUUCGACAUGGAAAAGUGCUACAAAUUUCAGAUUCUGAAGUAGUGGUUGGUGAUAUAGUGUGCUUACAGGCUGGUAAUCAGGUCCCGGCUGAUGGAUUAUUUAUUGAGGGUAACUCAUUAUUUAACGUUGACAGUGGUUUUGCCUGGAGCCAUUCCAAUUAUUACAAGAAUCCUUCUCUUUUUACUGGUGCUAAAGUGAAGGAGGGCAGUUGCCAAAUGCUUGUGGUAUCAGUAGGCAGGAACACGGAAAGAGGUCGGUUGUUGAAAUCAGUGAGCAGUACCCAGAAAAAUGAUAACCAAGAAUCCGGGCUGCAAGUCUCUAUUGAUAAUACCAACUCCCGUCUGGAGAAAGUUUGGGUGAGUCUUUCAUUAUUGAUUCUUGUGGUGCAGCUAUUCGAAUGUUUCCUUUCCAAUUCAGACAAAUGUGACGACAGUCACAACCCGGAUCCGAAGGGUGUGAAGAACACAGUAGAGGAUUUGAUGAAUGAAUCGGCAAAGCUGAUGAAGAAGCAAGGCAUCAAAGGGAGUGGAUUGGUUGCUGUUCUUAGCAUAUUACUCUUCGCUUUGAGAGAUGGUUUGCCUCUAGGAAUUUUCAUCUCUUUUGUUUAUACAUCAAAUAAAAUGAAGUCCCACGGGGCCGUGGUUCGAAGACUUCCAGCAUGUGCUACAAUAAGCUCAAUCACAACAAUCUGCACUGGGAUGACAAAUGAUCUCAUUUUGCAGCAUUCAGAGAUGGCCGAUUUGUGGAUUGGUUUCGAUUGUAAUAAGGAUGUCUCUACAGAAGUAUCUCGAGAGGUCCUAGCUAUUUUGCAAGAUGUAGUUUGUGCUUAUGCUUCUUGCUGUGGCGAAGGAAAUGCUCUUUCCUAUUGGGCUCGCCAUGUACUUGGUACUGAUAUGGUUGAUUUCAGUACUUCUUGUACUAUCCUUGAUAAUAAAUCUCUUGAUCUCAAUGAUAAUUCUUGUGGUUUGAUGCUGAAGAAACAUAAAGAGGCAGGCAGAGUUCUGCACAUUCAUUGGAAUGAAGAAUUAGAAAAAAUAAUAUUCAUGUGCUCGCAUUAUUGUCAGGGGGAUGGAACCUUGCAAACCCUAGAUGAUGAUAAAAAAGAUUUGCUAAAUAGAGAAUUUCAGAAAAUUGCAUUCAAUGGUCUCCAGGUCCUGGCCUUUUCUUAUAAACAAGUAAACCAGGAAGAAAAGGAUACAUCGAAUUUCAAAGAAGGCGAAAUUGAAGAAAAUGAUCCGGAUGACACUGAAGAAACCCUAAAGCCCUUGGAACAUGGCCUAAUCUUUCUAGCCCUGGUGAGCAUGAAAAAUCCGUAUCCACCUGAGGUGAGAGAAGCAAUUCAAGAAUGUCGAGCUUAUGGUGUUUCUUUCAAGUUACUCGUGGACACUGACAUAACCACAUCAAGAAUUAUGGCCCUUCAUUCUGGAGUCUUAAGGCCCGAAGAUGAAAUUGAAGGAGCUGUAAUUGAUGCAUCAGAUUUCCGCAAGAGAGGCGAAGAAGAACGCAUGAACGCAAUAGAUAAAAUCCAUGUAAUGGCCAAUAGCUCUCCUACUGACAAACUACAGUUUGUACAGUGCCUGAAACAGAAAAAUAACGUAGUAGCAGUAUCUGGUUCGUGCUUUAGAGAUUGCCCAUCCCUAAAGGAAGCUGAUGUUGGGAUUUUUAUGGGUGACCUAAAUGUUGCAGAAGAUGCGGACAUUGUUGUCUUGAACAAAAAUUUCUUGACAAUCUUUACCAUAAUGAAAUUGGGAAGAUGCGUAUGCGAAAGCAUUAAAAAGUUCUUGCAGUUACAACUAACUCUCAAUAUUACUGCCUUCACUGUCAACUUCAUCUUUGCAAUAGCUGGGAAAGAGGUGCAACUAAUUUUUCCAUUUCAAGUCCUGUGGAUAAAUCUAAUUAUGGAUGUUCUUGGUGCCUUAGCUUUGGCUACAAGAAUAGCUGAGAUACCUGGAGACUCGGCUGUCAAUAGUGCAGAUGAUCCUUUCAUUACCAGGACAAUGUGGAGAAACAUAACAGUUCAAUCCUUGUUCCAGAUCACAACAGUAAUGGUCCUAGAAAUGAAGGGAAAAGUUUUUUUUCGCGAAGCCGAUGAAUCAGUGAUGAAAACCAUGAUCAAUAGCUGCUAUGUGUUCUGUCAAGUUUUCAGUUUGAUCACAGUCAUGGUGUUGUUCAAGAAAAAUAAGACUUCUGUGCAUAAAAACUUUUUGCUAGUUUUAAGUGUUGUGGGGAUGAUAAUUGUUGUUCUUGAGGUGGGGUUGAUUGAGAUCAUGGCCAUUAUUGCUCACUGGGGAAAUUUGAACUCCAAGCAAUGGUGUAUCAGUAUGGGAAUUGCAGCACUCUCGUCUAUAUUCAGGCAGGUUAAUAUUCUCUUAGUCCAAGUCGAAUACGCUUCUUCAAAAGACACCUAUUUGAGUCAUACUCCUAACAAGCUUCACAUUGACUCAAAUUCCGGUACAACGAACGAAACUCCUAGAUUUCAAAUUCGUUUGCAAUGA